CACUUGGUGCUAAUAUGGAGGCUUCGUUGAUUUUUACACCAUCAUCCUUCAUUCCGCGUUCUGCAAUGGCCAAUCUUACAAUCCACACAAUGGGGCGAGCAGUGAAUGCUUUGGAGUUUGGAAUACGUUUAGAAAAUGCAGAAGACCUUCUGAAGACAAUGCUAGGUCACCACUCUUCUACAUUAAAUGAAAUUCUUGUGGGGAAAGAUAAAGAAGACAAACUGUUCAGUCCUGAACCUCCUGCGGAGACUGUCACAGCACCAAACAAUAGAAAACCGACAUCUAAGAAGUACAACCCCGGGGAACAGAUUGACAAAAAGUCUGAUCAGCAAAAAGCCAAGAAAUCCAAGCACAGCUGCCCAAGUGGAAAGUACAACAAACUAACUGAGCUGCAGCAGAAGUUUACCCAAGGCAUGCACAGCAAGAAAGAGCUGAGAUGUGGGCUGAGCAUGAAGGUCUUUGGAAAUGAGCUCAUCUUUCUGGAUUGUGAAGGAGUGAGAGACACAGUAAGACAGUACUACUUGAGCCUGGCUGGACUUGCAGUGAAACUCCUUAAGGGCCAAGAAGUUCAAUACAACAGGAGGUUUAGUUUGGCAGCUGACAGCAUAAUAUUCCCAGUCAUUUCUGGGUUUCCAGUUCAGCUCGCUCUCAAUGCCUCAGCGUCAACCAAUAUCAAAAUCAGAGGAAAUAUGGAUUUUAGGCAGCAGACAAACUUUUUCUUAAAUGGGUAUAUUAAACCAAGUGCUUCACUCCAACUCUCUGCCCAAAUGGGAAUCACUGGAAUAGUGGGAAAAAUUGGCCUGACAUGGGUAACUGGCAUAAGGACAAUGAGCAGUUUGGAUGGGGGAAUUCAAAUGAAGCGGGGACAGGAUCUAAAAAUUUUCCUGAAUACACCAGAAGAUUCUAUGGAAAUACUUGACUUCAGCUCCCAUUUAUACUUCAUGACACCAGAUGGUUUUGAGAAAAUGAAAAGUCCCAUUGGUCAGAUUGAGAGAAAAUCCUGCGUGAAUGAGGAAGUAUCCAAACUUUUGGGCUGGCAGCCUUGUCUGGAGGUGUCUUUUCCCGAUGGUGAUAAUGUCUUGCCAUUCCCGUUGUCUGGACCAGCAAAAGCAUUACUCAGAUUAAGAAAACAUGAUAAAGGGCUGCAACAGUAUCUCUUAGAAGCUUCAUACAACCAUGUGUCACAGAAAGAUAGCUGGUUGCCAAAUGAAGCCACAUUGCACUUUUUCAUGGGAACUCCAAAAUCUGAUUUCAAAAGGGAUGUUGGAAUUGAUCUGUAUUAUAACAUCAACCAUAGGAAAUUCAGACUGAAACUUCUACAUCCGAAAAAUAAAUUUCAGAUGGAUGGGAAAAUGGAGUCUUCCCGGAAUUCUAGAAAUGGUCACUUGGAAUUAAUUGUGGAUGACAAAAUAUAUUAUAUUAAGGGAAUGACAGAUCUUCAGACAGUGGGUGGAGAACAGCGGUAUUCAGGUGUGGCAGAAUGGAAGCUAAGCAAACAUGGCGGCCCCAUCAUACUAUCAGGAAACGUUACUAAACAGCAUGGAAAGAAGAUGGCACUGUCACUUUCACUGAAUAACUUACUAAAGGAUGCUGCUUUUAUUACAGUGCUAAUUGACAAGAAGGCGGAUGAUAAACUGAAGCAAUACUCUCUAGAAGGUGAAGCCUAUGUUCCAGGAGUGAUUGGUUCAUAUGCUAUCGGACUUCUGCAGCAACGAGGAAGUGUAUGGUCAAACGCCAUGAGAGUCAAAUAUGGACUUUUAGGUGAUGCAAAGAUUCUCCGCCACGAAUGUGACACACGUCAAAAAAUAAAAAUUGACACAGAAUCUGAGGACCAGUACAGAGUUGACUUUGAGCAUGAAUUUUACUGUACACAGAUUCAAGCUUUAAACCACAAGGUGCAUUUACAUCACGAAGAGUAUGCACCUCACAUACAUUCUUACUUGGAGGUGAGCUAUGGAAAACACUGGGAUGAAAUGAACAACAAAAAGAAAUUAUUCAUCAGCCAGACAUUCAAGAACAACUCAAAUCCUUCAGCAUCCAGCUACUUUAUGGAGUUCACACUACAAGUUUCCGAGAAACAGGUGAAUUACAGAACACAACUUCUACAUACUCACUCCGCUCUAGAAAGCAACACCAACUUCAAAGUACAGUACAAUGACCGUAUGCCGUUUGUUGCUGGACUACAGUGGAAAGACACGUCCAAAAAUGACCUUCAGAAAUGGGAAGGGGCGUUUACGAUGGAUACUCCAUGGCUGUAUCUAUACUCAGCACUCAAACUCCAUCAGCCACAGCGACAUGCUUACCAGACCAUAGUGGAAGUGUCUGCUGGGAAAGCUCUAUCUGUCAAAAACCUAGUGUUGGAAAUGUUCCAUAAAGACACAGGAAGUGAGAAAGAGGGGAGAAUUCAUAUACACACACCUACGGUUACUUACCUACGAGCUUCCUCUGUGAAUUUCAUUGGAGGCAAUUCCUUCCGAAGUUACAGUGAAAUGGUGUCGCUGUGGAAUCAACUAAUUAAAAAUGAGAUUCACUUGGAAAAUAAUGAGAAAAUUAAGAUUCUUUCAUUCAAGAUCAAGAGUGCAAAACAGGAGUUUAAUGUGACAGCUGAUUAUUGGAUCACGGACUUGCCAAAAAAGUCAAAUUUUCUAUUAAAGACAGUGUGGGUAGAUCAGAAGAGCAUCCCCUUAGUUAUACAGCUGAACGGGCAGAUCGAGGAUGUGAAAAAAGAAAUUAUGUUCUAUCAGAAACGUGGACUCAUCCAUUUCAGGCAUCCGUUUAAAUUCCCCAUCCCACAGAGUGUCCUUCUCCAGGAGACAUUCACUGUAGAUAAGCGAAAAAGACAUUAUAUACUGGAAACAAAAUUGGUUUUAGAUCAAAAAGAUGAAUGCGUCCAGACCAUUAUUCUUGGAUACCAAGCAGAUAAUCCUUAUAUCUGUGCUGGCCUAAAGCAUCCCUUGAAGCAUAAAAGCUUUCCCAGUAACAUUGAAGCCUGUGCCUCUACCAAGAAACAUCUCUCUGGAAAACAUGAAGCUGAUGCUACCAUUAAAGUUAACAAGAAAGAUAUAUUUAGUCUCACUGGGAAAUUUGAGAAUAAGUCUAAGAAGAAUGAAUUGUGGCAAGCUGUGCGAAUGGAUAUGACUCAUGUUUUCCAGGUACGGUUUCCACGUGCUCUGAGUUUUCAUGGUGAGAUUUUCUCACGGGGAAACAAGCAAAAUGGCUUUGAUCACAGUGUACAUGGAAAAGUCAUUAUCAAUACAGAAAGCAUUAUUCAGCUGCAUGUCCAGUUUAACAGAUCGGUAAAUCAGAUGUGGUUUUAUUCUCACCUUACCCAUCCGUAUCAGUGGAAAAUCCCUCACAAUGUGAAGAUUCAAGCUUCAGGAAAAAGAUAUGGUUCAAAUAACACCAAUGGGACAUUUAUAAUCCAUUAUAGUGGUAAAGAUAUGGUGUUAAUGGAAAUCGAUGUAAACCAGGAGAGUAGGAAAAACAUAAGAACCAUUGGUCUAAGUAUGUCUAUGCAACAAGCUCUAACAGAUGAUCUACAGUCUGCCUGCAUAAGAGUAAUUGGCAAAGUCUUACCAUCAAGAGUUUCCCUUACGUCUCGGUUUAAUUUUAUGGACAAAUUCUUAUUGAUUGACCUAUCAGGAUCAAAAGAGCAAAAAGUGGGUCUUGUGCUGUCAGUUGCCGGAAAUCUUGUGCACAACAUUGAUAGGUUGGCUAUUAUUCCGCAUCAGUUUUCAGCUGAUGGAUCUCUAAAGCAAAAGAAGAAUAUUAAUGAAGGUUAUAUUAGUUUAGUAAAGAAUAAGGAUUUCUAUCAAAUACAUCUCCGAAACAGAAACGUCUUUGGUAAUGGCAGCCAUCAUAAUAUUACUCUCAGCUUCACUCAAAAUGGCAGCCAUGGACUACCUGCUGAAACAAAGCUGAGAGCCAAUGUUCAGCUGGAGGAAUUGCACAAGAAUGGGCAGGUCUGCAUCCAGGUGGAUACAAAACUGCUGUGUGUGGAUCUUUCAAACUCUGCUGAGCAAGAGAAUGGUGUAAAAGGGAUUUUGUCACACAACAUUGUUUCAUUGCAGAGUGCAGGAAUUCCAAUGCAAACUGCUCUUGAAGCAGCAUUUAACAACACAAGUAACAACAAGACUUGGGCAAUAGCACUCAGCAUGGGGUCUAGUAGCAUUGAUGUUUCCAUUGGAAUGGAGAAAACAUCGGUAAACUCCCAGCUAGCAAUGAGCAUGAAGCACAAUGUGGAAAACCUCAACUAUCACGGGGUCCCAUAUGUGAUAAAUGCUGUUUGCUAUCAUCAGAGUUCAAAGUUUUUAACUGGAAUAAAAAUUUCUGUUGAAGGCGAAGACAUUAAAGUUGAAGUUCAAAAGAAAACUGCUGGAAGUGCCUCUGAUAUUAGUCUCAUUCUCCACAAUGACCUCAGCUCAAUUAAUAACAUCAUGCCAUCAAGCAUAAAGGUCAUUUGUAAUGGAGAGUUCACUUCCAAUUUGUUUUAUGGACAUUGUUAUGGGGAAGUAGCAAGGAAGAACAUAGAGCUUUCAGGUCCAGUCAAAGCUAUAUUUAAUGGGUCUCUUCUGACUACUGGCUACAAGACCAAUGUAUUUGGCUUAGCCUCCUCGGGCGAUGCAUUUGUCCGCCUAAAUAUAAACACUGAAUGGGGCUUACACAACUCUAUUGAGAUAGGGUUCAAACAUGCAUUACCUGAGCUACAAAACCUGGGGAUGGCCAAGGACAACAAGAUAAGGAUUACUGCAAUUAGACAGGGGAAAAAUGCGGCACUGCUGGACAUAACAGCCGGGAAAUGUGUCUUCAAAGCCAGUUGUGAAGCAAGGAUGGAAAGCAAUGGAAGCGCUGCAUCCACGCUAAACUGGACUAGCUCAGUACUGAACACAUGCAGCCUGCUCGAGAAGUUACAGUUUCCAAAGAACUUGACUAUGAAUGGCUCUUUGCAGAGACAUCAUUGUGAUAUUGGCUUCUCUAUGAGAGUCGACAAUAAAGGGAGAGAAGUCAAGUUGCAGCUGAAAACCACAUGUGAUCCAUACACCAUGGAGGGGACGCUGAACCACUCUGUGUCCUACCUAACAACCCUUGGACUGCCACCUACAAAUCAUAUUGUGUUCUCUGCAUUGACGGGAUCCUCUGUUGGUGGUCUGGUUUCAUUUCAUUCUGGGCACUGCAGAGUUAAUGCAGAGGCAGUCAUCAAACCCAGUAAUAAAACAGAAUGGACGCUACAAUCGGAAACAGAUUGUAAAUUGCUAAAGGAUCUGAAUGUUCCAUCUCAGACUCGGAUAAAUGGUUCUGCUGUAAUUAAUGGCUGUGAAGCCCAGCUGCUCUGUGCCCUUACGUUAGAUGGCAACACGUCUGAGCUUCAAAUGAGAACUGAGUGCCAGCCAAAAAUAAAAGUUGAAUUUGUAUUCAGGCAUAACCUGCCCAUGUUGAAAGAAAUUAAUGAAGAAAGUAAGCUGUCAAUCAGUGUUGGCAAACAGAUAAAUUACAACGUUGAAAUUGUGCUGAAGUUGGGAACUUGUGCUAUAGAAGUAAGAGGAGACAUUAAUGCUGACAAUAAGCUGCAGUGGAAAAUGGUUGCAGAAAACAAGUGUAAAACUAUCCAGGAUCUUGGAGCACCCAUAAAAAUAGAAGGUUCUGGUUAUGUUGUUAUAAACAAAAAAGCAAACCUGGAUUCACAGAUGCUGGUGGUUGUUGAUGAAAGUACUCUGCAGGGGUUACUAAUCUUGAAAGCAACAGAGAAAAAACAAGAAUUGGAUGCAGUUCUCACUCAUAAUGUUCAGCCUGCAAUAAAUCUUGGUAUACCUAUAAGGACAAUGGUGGAUGUGACAAUAGAAAAAAGCAGUGAUCUGUAUAGAAGGACAAUUCGGCUGGGAUUGGACAGCAAACAGAUUACAGAAGAGGUGAGCUUUAUGCAGAAGCUAGAAGGCGUGUCUCUUAGCUACAAGAUCACACAUAAUCUGGAAACACUCAAAAAAAUGCUGAUGGAAGAUAACAUGGAAAUCCGGGCUGUAGCAGAGCUACAGGAAGCAAGGAACAUGAGUAUUGUGGUUUACUAUGGUCCAAAUUUCAUCAAUACCACAAUGCGUGUAAAAGGCAAUGAGACUAACACUAACCUGGCGGCAAGUGUCCAGCACAACUGGGCAUGGCUACUCCGUAAUGGAAUUGCUGCUUCAUUACAGACCUCUUUGGAUGUACAAGCACUGAACGGCAAGCAAGAGCUCUCGCUGGAGGCUGCAACAGCACAGAACUCAUUUGUGUGCAGAGUGUCUUCUCUAUGUACAGGAAACAGCAACAGACUGCUCUUCAGAAGUGCCCAUAACAUUGAAUCUUUUCUGAAACAUGGUUAUCCAAAAGUGGUCCGCAUGAUGGGAACAUUGUCUAAGGAAGGAGAAACAGUGAAUGGAACAUUAGAUUUGGAAUCUGAUAAGAAAAAGUUAAACGUUGAUUUGAGAGCCUAUAAGGGAGUCGGUGAUAUGUUUGGCAUAACUGCCAGGGUAAAGCAUUCCAUUCCUAUGUUCUUUGCCUGGACAAUUCCUAACUCAACACAGGUUCUUUUUCAAGUUAUUUUAAGCAAUGCAGAUAUUGGUGGAGCUUUCAAACUUACCUGUGAUCAAGGGACAAGUAUUUUCAUCACUGCUAAUGUAAAGUCUCGGCAGCAGGGUGAGGAACUGAUUAUGAAAGCAACACAUAGUGUAUCCACUCUACAGCGCUUCUUCCCAAGCUCCAGUGCCUUCAUUACUGGGGUCACCUAUUCUACAAGUGAAGCAGAAGCCAAACUUUAUCUAAUGAUGGAAGAAAAAGAAUUAAAUCUGUCAACUAGAAUAAACUUUACUGAACCCACAUACGCAAAAGUUUUACGACUCAAACAUUCUUUUCCACAGUUGAAGAACCUCCCAGCACUAAUAGAAAUGAGAACUAUAUUUGAAAAGAGGCAUAAAACAUUUGCCCUACAUCAUAUAACAGUGUGGGGCAGAAAAGACCUGAAACUGGCAGGAUAUUACACUGGGCAAUUUCCAAAGUUAUCUGGAGUGCAUGAGAUUACUGGUGAGUUUGCUCAGUCCCUUGUGUUGUCAGCUCUGCGACAAGCCAAUGUCAGCAUCAACAUAGAGCAUUCAACAUACAACCAUCAGGAUUAUUUUAUCAUUGGCUGGAGCAACAAAAACCAGGUAAACAUUUCAUCAGCACUGAAGAUUGGAGAGGAACGCUUAUUCAGCAGAUAUAGCAUAUCACACCCUUUCAGCUUUGCAGUGAGGGAGCUGGAACUCUGUUCUUUAUCAGAAUGGAAAGACAGCCAGUACAAUCAAAAGACACACCUUGCUUGGAACAAGGGUAAUCCAAUCAAUUUUACAGUCCUCUUAGAGGACAACGUGAUCAAUUCCUCCGGAGUAUGGAAUGCCUGUGUGACCGUCUUACCAGGUCAGAUCCAGCACAUCAUGGGUGUCAGGAAUCUUCAAGUGUGUGGAUCCAUGGAAAAAACAUCAAACCUAUUUCUUGAGAACGUGGACGUGAGGUGGGAUGACAAAAAAAUUGUGCAAAGUCUACUGUACAAGAGGGACAGCACACCAAAUCCCAGCAGUCUCCAGCUAGAAGCCACAUUUGAAAACAUCUUUGUAGUGGGCUGUAGGAAACAACAUUUUUUGACUAAAAUAGACACCAAUUACAUGGACACCCUGAACCACAUACUGAAGCUGGAAGUCUGUGAUCUUCCACAUCCUAUUGUGUUCUCUGGAAGCCAUCAUCUUGGCAAGGAGGAAUUAUUACACUCCAAGAUAAGUUUCAGCAUCUCUCCAUAUGAAAACCAUGACACUAUAUAUGCUUUGAUCUUGAAUGUAUAUGGAGAAAAGCAAGAUCAGAAUUAUUCACUCAACUUAAAGAUGAAAGCAUCAGAUGACGUUCAUCUAUGGAUUACGGGAAAAUAUGUUUGGUCUCCUGACAUCAAACAAAUUCUCCUGGAGGGGAGGUUUGAUGACAAUGACAUGUGGACCCUGAGUGCUUCCAGUGCACAGAGGUGUUUGCAGCUUAACCUUGGACAACAUGUGCAAGGAAGUUCUGCGGAAAAGGCAGUGGUGCUGAAUGCCUGCAUGGACCCCAACUAUUUGGCUUCAGUGGAUACUUAUGUGAAUGUUAAUCGUACACUAGAAAGAUUGGGACAUUUCAUUCUUUCUACAGCAAACCAGAGCCUAAGCUUAUCUUAUCAAGGAUGUGGAGAAAACAUUGCCAAAGCUGAGAACGUAUUGGGAAGUCUUGCAUCUAAUUUUAAAACACGAUUUAUGGAAAUGAAUAAGAAAAUUAAUACGUACAUCGGAGAAAUUCAGAAAACUGUGCAGCAAUAUAGCUUUCUGCACGAAGCAAUCGAAUGGCCUCUGGCAGUGUCUCAGGAUAUAGUUGAAACCCUGCAGUAUGGACCUAAAGCCUUUCACCAGGCAUGGAAGCAGAGUGGUCUAAGACAAACACUUCGUCAUGAUCUCCCUUUGUACUUAGAAAAACUUAAUCAUUUGGUACAACAAAUGCAAACAGAAUUGCAAAAGCCGCUUUCUACUUUAAAAGAUGCCUAUUAUGAUGCCACCUUAGAACCACUGGAUGAUGUUUGGAGAGAAAAGACAGAAGCUUGCCUUCACCAAAUCAAUGUGUAUCUCCCAAGUAUUAUUAAGGAUGAUUGGCUAAUGGAACCAAUUAGACACCUUUUAUAUGGCAUAAAGUCUGGUUUAGAUAUGGGCAUUCAACAGCUGCUGAAGUGGACUGAGAACAAGCUUUCCAGAGCAGUAAGCAGGAUUCGGAAACCUCUUACAGGCCUGUUCAGUUACUCCAGUAACUGCUCAGUGACGCUGAAUUUCCCUGUACUGCCAAUGGACUAUCGCCUAACAGACCUUGCAAAUGUCACACAUUACAUCAUUGAGGAGAAGUUAAUGAAGUCUCUGAGAGACCUAUACAGUAUCAAUCUGGUAGCGGAGUACUACCGCUUCAAACACAGGAUGAUGGAAAGUCCUUUUGAGUAUCACGCUGUCCUGAUUGGAAAUAAGCACAUUAUAACCUUUGAUGGGAACAUCGUUGACUUGUCUUCCAAAUGUAGCCUCCUGCUGGCUAAAGAUUUUGUUCAUAAUACAUUUACCAUGAUACUGAAUCAGGGCACUGGUGGGCAGAGAUCACUCCAUGUAGAAAUGAACCGGAUCGCUAUUGACAUCUAUCCUGGACUAAAGAUAGAAGAGAACUGUCAGAGCCUUGAUCUUCCUACAGUCAAGAACGGAGUAUCAGUCAAAAAAAAUUCAAACAAAAUAGAGGUGUCCAAUCAGGAGGGAGCAACUGUAAUAUGUGAUGUUCACCAUGAUGUCUGCAGCUUUACUCUGGACGGAUGGCACCAUGGAGUGUCUGCUGGGCUUUUUGGCACCAAUGACAACGAAGCCAGAAAUGACUUCCUGCUCCCAGAUCACACUUGUGCUAACACUACACAAGAUUUCUCACUGAAAUGGCAGGUUGACAGCCCAUGUAGUUCUGGAAGAAAGAAGAUGAAGGCUUGUCCUAUAGCACCACACCAAAAGUUAUGUAAAGCGCUGUUCCAGGGGGCUCAUUCUGUACUGCGGAACUGCUUCAAAGUUGUUCACCCGGCUCCGUUUUAUAGCAUGUGUGUGGAAGAUAUCUGUGAUUCAAACCAUAUCAAACCCAUCUGUAACUUGGCUGCUGCAUAUGUCCAUCUAUGCAAUAGAAACCUGGUGCCCAUAGAAAUCCCUUCCCAAUGUGUGUGAAAUUUGCGUCCAUUCACAGGAGCAGCAAUUGUUACGUCUCUUGUCUACUGUCUGAGAAGCAAUAACACACUAAGCGCCUAGAAGUGACCUGUGUAAGAACUUGAUAUGUUUGCAAAAAAGAAAUCAAUUCAUUCUUAACUAACUGAUUCAGUACAGGGUAGAUAAAUGAAUGUAUUUAAUAUUUAACCCCUCUACAAGUGUUCUGCUGUACCACAGUUUUAUUUUUAAUAAAUAUUUUUUU